AUGGCCCUUAGAGGCAGCUUGGGCAGUCUGGCCGGGCAGUGGAUGUGGGUGCUGAUGCUGUCUGCCCUGACCAUUGGCAACGCCAGUGCAUGCCCAGCCCUGUGUACCUGCAGCGGCACCACAGUAGACUGCCACGGACUGGGUCUCAAAACCAUGCCAAGGAAUAUCCCCCGCAACACUGAGCGACUGGAGCUGAAUGGAAAUAAUCUGACACGCAUCACUAAGAGUGACUUCACAGGACUGAAGUACCUCAGAGUUCUGCAGCUGAUGGAGAAUCAGAUUACAGUGAUUGAGCGUGGGGCUUUUGAUGACAUGAAGGAGCUGGAGAGACUAGAUCUUAGUGAGAACUUCAUCCAGUCCAUCCCCAGAAAAGCAUUCAGAGGAGCCACAGACAUUAAGAAUCUCCAGCUGGACAAAAACCACAUCAGCUGCAUAGAGGACGGAGCUUUCAGAGCUCUAAGAGGCCUUGAAGUACUAACUCUGAACAACAACAACAUCAGCGCCAUCCCAGUCUCCAGCUUCAACCACAUGCCCAAACUCCGAACUUUCCGUCUCCACUCCAACAAUCUAAACUGCGACUGUCAUCUGGCUUGGCUGGCCCAGUGGCUCAGACAGAGGCCCACAAUUGGUCUUUUCACCCAGUGUACUGGCCCUCCUGAGCUCAGAGGACUCAAUGUGGCAGAGGUCCAGAAACACGAAUUCAGCUGCUCAGGGCACCAGGAGUCUUCCAGUCUUCAGCCGUGCAGCACGGGCGGCGGCUCCUGUCCUGCCAUGUGCACCUGCAGUAACAACAUAGUGGACUGUAGAGGGAAAGGUCUGACCGCCAUUCCAGCCAACCUGCCCGACAGCAUGGCCGAAAUACGUCUGGAGCAAAACGGGAUUAAAUCUGUUCCUCCUGGAGCCUUCUCUCCAUAUAAGAAACUGCGUAGGAUAGACCUGAGCAAUAACCAGAUCUCAGAGAUAGCUCCUGAUGCCUUCCAGGGCCUGCGCUCCCUCAACUCCCUUGUGCUGUAUGGAAAUAAGAUCACCGACCUGCCCAAGGGGGUGUUCGAUGGCCUCUACGCCUUGCAACUGCUGUUGCUGAAUGCCAAUAAGAUUCAUUGCGUUCGUGCCAACACCUUCCAGGACCUGCAGAAUCUCUCCUUGCUAUCGCUCUACGACAACAAGAUCCAAACGCUCGCAAAGGGCACCUUCACUUCACUGCGAGCCAUACAGACCCUUCAUCUGGCUCAGAACCCGUUUAUUUGUGACUGUAAUCUGAAGUGGCUGGCAGACUACCUGCGCUCCAACCCAAUUGAGACCAGCGGCGCCCGUUGCGCCAGCCCACGCCGUCUCGCAAACAAACGUAUUGGCCAAAUCAAGAGCAAGAAGUUCCGCUGCUCCGCCAAAGAGCAGUACGUCAUCCCAGGAACAGAAGACACACGACUAAGUAAUGCCUGCAACAGUGAUCCAGUGUGUCCUCCUAAGUGUCGCUGUGAGUCCAACGUGGUGGACUGCUCCAACCUGAAGCUCAGCAAGAUCCCUGAGCACAUCCCCUCAUCCACUACCGAACUCCGUCUGAACAACAACGACAUCGCAGCUCUGGAGGCAACUGGAAUCUUCAAGAACCUCUCCCAGCUGAAGAAAAUCAACCUCAGCAACAACAAGAUCACAGAGAUUGAGGAUGGCGCGUUUGAAGGUGCAUCAUCCGUCAUUGAGCUUCACCUGACAGCCAAUCAGAUUGACUCUGUCCGGAGCGGGAUGUUCCGGGGCCUGGAUGGGCUGCGCAUGCUGAUGCUGAGAAACAACAAAAUCAGCUGCGUCCACAACGACAGUUUCACAGGGCUUCACAACGUGCGCUUGCUCUCCCUGUAUGACAACCAGCUGACCACAAUAGCUCCUGGAGCCUUCGACACGCUGCAGACUCUCUCUACUCUGAACCUGCUGGCCAACUCCUUCAACUGUGACUGCCGGCUCGCCUGGCUCGGUGACUGGCUGAGGAGCAGGAAGAUUGUGACGGGUAAUCCUCGCUGCCAGCGGCCGGCCUUCCUGAAAGAGAUCCCCCUGCAGGACGUGGCCCUGCCCGACUUCCGGUGUGAGGAAGGCCAAGAGGAGACAAGCUGUGUCCCCCGACCCCAGUGUCCCAGUGAGUGUACUUGCCUGGAGACCGUGGUGCGCUGCAGCAACAAGCAUCUCCACACUCUGCCCAAAGGCAUUCCCAGAAAUGUGACUGAACUAUAUCUGGAUGGAAAUCAGUUCAGCGUGGUGCCAAAAGAGCUCUCCACCUUUAAAUACCUACAGCUGGUCGACCUGAGCAACAACAAGAUCAACUCUCUGACCAACUCCUCCUUUGCCAACAUGAGCCAACUUACCACUCUAAUCCUGAGCUACAACUCCCUGCGCUGUAUCCCCAAAAUGGCUUUCAGUGGACUGCACUCUCUUAGACUGCUGUCUCUCCAUGGCAAUGAAAUCUCAGAGCUUCCUGAUGGCAUCUUCAGUGAUGUGUCAUCGCUUUCACAUUUAGCGAUCGGUGCCAACCCCUUGUACUGUGACUGCCGCCUGCGCUGGCUGUCUGACUGGGUGAAGACUGGAUACAAAGAACCUGGAAUCGCCCGGUGCGCCGGACCACAGGGCAUGGAGGGCAAACUGCUCCUCACCACACCCGCCAAGAAAUUUGAGUGUGGGGGUGAGGUGGACACAGCGGUGCUGGCUAAGUGCAACCCCUGCCUGUCCAGCCCCUGUCUGAACCACGGCAUCUGUCACAGCGACCUGGUGGAUGUCUACAGGUGUAGCUGUCCUCCGGGAUUCAAGGGGAAGAACUGCGAGACGGGUCUGAAUGCCUGUGUGAACAAUCCAUGUACCAACGGAGGAACAUGUCACGUGGGCGAGGAUGAUAAGGGGGAAUACAGCUGCACGUGUCCACUGGGCUUUGAGGGCCCCACUUGCCAAAUCAAUGUUGACGACUGCGAAGACAACGACUGUGAGAAUGGAGCCACCUGCUUCGAUGGAAUCAACAACUACACUUGUUUUUGUCCCCCCUACUACACAGGGGAGAUGUGCGAAGAAUUGGAAGAUAUGUGUGCCCCGGGACGAAGCCCCUGCCAACACCAGUCUACCUGCCUCAUCACCUCCUCUGGACCCAAGUGUGUGUGCUCUCCUGGUUACGUUGGCGAUGACUGCAGCCUAGACUACGACGACUGCAAGGAACACCGCUGCCAGAAUGGAGCUCGCUGCAUGGACGAGCUGAACGGCUACUCCUGCGUCUGUCCCCAGGGGUACAGUGGUCAGCUGUGCGAGGUCCCGCCGUCCCCUCUGUCUCUGUGCGAGCUGGCGGACUGCCAGAACGAUGCCCCCUGUGUGGAGAGAGGCGGGCGCGCCCUCUGCCAGUGCCCCCCCGAGUUUGGCGGGCCCCGCUGCGAGAAGCUGGUCAGCGUCAACUUCAUCGACAGGGACUCCUACCUCCUGCUGUCCGACCUCAAGAACUGGCCGCAAGCUAACAUCACCCUGCAGGUGUCCACGGCCGAGGACAACGGCAUCUUGCUGUACAACGGAGACAACGAUCACAUUGCGGUGGAGCUCUUUCAAGGCCACGUAAAGGUUAGCUAUGACCCCGGCAGCCAGCCAGGACACGCUAUUUACAGUACUGAGACUAUAAACGACGGUCAGUUCCACACAGUGGAACUGGUGACCUUCGACCAGAUGGUGAACCUGUCAAUUGACGGGGGGCUCCCCACCACAAUGGACAGCUUUGGGGCGGUGCGGCCCCUCAACGGGGAGGCGCCGCUAUACGUGGGGGGUAGGGGCCCUCUCCAGAACACACCUCCCUCCUCUGCAGGCACUCUUAACUACUACACUACUGUUAAAUCACCACCCCUCCCCCUCGCUUUUUCACCACCGCAACCAGUCCCCACCCCUCCACCAUACAGCCCAUCGUCCCAUCCCCACCCCGGUCCUCCACCAUCCACCUGUCAGUCAGGACUGUGUUUGCUAGGGGCCACAUGCAUGCCGGUGGACGUCCACUCGGGGACUUUCCGUCUCUGGCAGAUUCAGAAUGGCUCCAGUUUUCACGGCUGCAUCCAGAACUUGUACAUUAAUAACGAGCUCCAGGAUUUCACCAAGACCCAGAUGAAACCCGGCGUGGUACCUGGCUGCGAGCCGUGCAAGAAGCUUUACUGUGUCCAUGGCAUCUGCCAGCCUGAUGGGGUCCAGGGACCGGUGUGCCACUGCCAGCCAGGCUGGAGCGGGACGCACUGUGACCAACCUGCUCUGAACCCCUGCCAAGGCAGCAAGUGUGUCCAUGGGAAGUGCAUCCCUCUGGACGCUCAGUCCUACCGCUGUGAGUGUGCAGAGGGUUAUCGCGGCGCCCUGUGUAACCAACAAGGGGAACUGUUUAACCCCUGCCGCCGCCUGUCCUGCAAACACGGCCGGUGCCAGAUCUCAGACACAGGAGACGCAUACUGCCACUGUGAGAGUGGCUACACCGGUGAACUCUGUGAUGCAGAGUCUGAGUGUCGAGGGGAGCCCGUGCGGGACUUCUACCAGGUGCAGCGGGGGUACGCCAUCUGCCAGACGACGCGCAUGGUGUCCUGGGUGGAGUGCACCGGAGCCUGCGACACGGGGGCCUGCUGCGCCAGCCAGCGGAUGAAACGCCGGAAAUACACCUUCGAAUGCAGCGACGGGACCUCCUUCAGCGAGGAAGUGGAAAAGACCAUCAAGUGCGGCUGCGUGGGCUGCAUCUAGCAGCGGUCGCUCACACGUCCUGCCACUGUCCCAGAGCGGAAGACGGAGAGCAAGGAAGGAAAGAAGAUAGAGAGAAAACUGCAGAAAAGUGGAGGAGGGAAAGAAAGCAAGAGAGAUUAUACAGAAUAUAUAUAAAACCUCUAUCUAUAUAUUAUGGACAACAAUGUUUGUAAAAUAGUACAUUUCCCCCCCUGGAGAGGGUGUGUGACCUACAGUAAAACAGAAAAGCCGACAUCGUGAGCAGCGUAGGAGUGACACCAACGGCGGCCAUUGUCCCGCAGCGCUGUUCUGAGGGGGCACAGAUUUCAGUGUUGCAAGGAGAGUGAAGCAUCCUUCAAUCCCCAAAAUAUCCCGUGUGAAAUCCCACAUCCAUCCGUGAGGCCUCCGAUGGGUCGACCACCAUCUUCCAUCCUUACCUGACGGGGACAGCGAGGACAGCGGGAUCCACUCCGGCUAAGACUGGCAGGUGGAGAAAAAAACGAAAGGAAGAAAGGGAGAGCUGGACCGUUUGACUUGGCGAGGCUGUCUUGAGUUGAGCUUGGCUGGGUUACCUGGACUGUGCUGGAUGCGGUUUGGGUCGAGGUGAAAGUCGGUGUUGGUUUCGAUGUAGCAUUUUCUCCGCGAGGAUACCGUCAUCCAUCCACACACGUGCAUGUUGAAGCGAACGGGAGGAAAGGAGGAUGUAGGGUUUUAGGGGCGGCCCGUAAUCCUGAGCAGGCGUGGCGUCCACAAGGGUUAGGGGGGGUUCGGCGUCUCAGCUGCCUGCUGUCAGGGACCGAGACACAGCAAUUCUUCCCCACAAAUAAGAGACUGCACCGACCAGCAGCACGGAAAACCACAGUCAUACACCUCUGAGGAACAUGAUCACACAUGCAUGGCACACACACUACCACAGCACGGCUCCCGGAGGCUUGCGUGGAGGAGCUGAUCUGCUUUGUUCGUACAGCAAACCGGCGUGGCGUGGUCAGCGGCUAUCAGCCUUAGGGUCAGGACGUUUCGCAUUAUUCCUCCCCCCCCCUCUGAGCAAAAGGCCGAUUAACCCCGCACCUGCUGAUGCCUGCAGUAUUAAACGUGUGCAAACUGUUGCAUGUGAGGAGCAAAGUUUGCCAUCAAAAAAUGUCAAGCGUCUUCAUAUUGUUGCAUUUCUGAUAACAGAACAAAAGGUCUCAGAAUCCGUUUUUAUUUUCGUUCUUAUUUCUCAUGAUUUUUACGGUUUAUAUUUUGUUAUAUUUUGUCUCAUGAUGUAAUCCUACUCCUUUAGUUGAUUCAACCCACUUCUACAACCAUUUAUAUAGAAAUGCCUAACAGAUUCUAAUAUAUAUAUAUAUAUAUAUAUUUGUAUUUCGUUUUGGUAUAGUAUUUUUCUAUGUUAAAGAGUAAGUCUGUUUCUGGAAGCACUCGGGCUGGUGGAAAAGCAUUCAGUUGGUUCCCUUGGUGUUUUUAUUUGUUAAUCUCACCUUCUCCAAAUAAGGUAUUAAUUACAUUAUUAGGCCAAAAAUGCAGCAGCGGUUUGGCCUUGUUGUAUAGGAGCCAGUAUUGAUUUAGAAAUAUGUUUAAUAUUGUAUAUGUUGUCUUCCAUGUGAAUAUUACAUCUAAUUCAUGAGAAUCUGUGCUUGUUUUUAUUUAUUUUAUCGUAAGAAAUAUUCCUGUUGAGUGAAAAGGCAUAAAUGUUGCAGGCAUUCAAGUGUUUUAAAAAGAUGAAAAAGGUGAAAUAUUAAAUACAAAAUAGCAAAAAAAAGAAAAAAUCUGAACGGCAUCACUUAAUAGCAAGAUCCUCCAGUGUUUUCCGCCUCUGUGGCUCAGGCAUUCACUUUCUGAUAAGAAGAUGCCCCCCUACAAAGACAGAUCACAUGUCAUGGCUUUUUUUUUAUGUUCAUCUAGUUGAAAUGGUGGGUUGUGUUUCUAUCAUUUGAAUCUGAGAGACGUUAACCAAUAGAACAAAGGUGUUUUUAAUUUAGUCAAGCUCAACUGAUCAUAAGCUGCUGUCAAGCCAGAAGAAACAGGAUGAAGUUGCCUCUGUGGACGCUAAUGAUGUUAAGGGGGUUCAUCCUGAGGUUCCUUUCGAACGGGCAACUGUGUGAAGCUUUACAUGGCUACUACUGACAGAUAAUACAGAGAAAGGUCUGGACAUUUUCAUUAUCUGUCAGUUCUGACUCACACAAAAAAAAAAAGAUACAAAAAAAAAAGAAAGAAAAGGUGCCAAUUACAGAGAACAGUCAUACCUGAAUGUAUAAAUGUGUAUAGAUAAAUAUGACUUAUGCUUAUUCAUGAAGUGGUAACUUUUAGCUGUUAUUUAGUUUCCAAUGUAAGAUAUAGAAGUCACAUCCUGUUGAAAGAGUGACGGCCAAUCAGGAUGGAGUACGGCAUUGUUCUGGGAUUGUGUUUCUCUAAAUGUCUCUGUAGUGACUCAGAUCUCAGCUGGGCGACACAUCACACAGCUCCUGUUCAUAUUGCUAUCCAUGUUAACUUUGUUUUACAUGCCGUUGAUGUGAUGCCAGUGGUGUACAAUAACAAUACAGAAGAUCUCAUGAAUAAUACUUAUGAACAGUCACCGUCAUACUUAGGCUCUGCGCCUCAUAAAGGCGCGUAUUUAGUCAAACGUGACGUUCCUUCCUCUGCACUGAUCUGUGCUCGAUCGGUGCAUUCAACUUCCUGCUAGACAUCUUAGUGGUGCUUGUGCUAUAUUGAGAUGUAAUUCUGUUAUCUGGUCAUAUAACCAGAAACACUGAUUUUCCAUCAUAUGAACUAUAUACAUAAAUGUUAUUGUGAACAACACAAUGUCUCUGUUGUAUUAAUAUGGUGCAAAAACUUAAGAAAAAUCCCUGGUUGGGUUCUGUCUGUUUGCUUUUACGUUGCAGGACCGAUGGUGGGAUUGAACUGAAAAACUCAAUUAUGCUGAAUGUAUGUAGUGCCACCGACAAAAUGUUUACCAAACCUCCACUCUUUUCAUUAAUUAAACUUAAAAUGUGUGUGCUUUUACCAAU